AUGGAUACCGACGGCGGCGUGCAAGCCGAGCUUCCGGGCUCUGCCGGUAGUGGCUCCGAGCCCCUGGCGUGUGUUACCUGCCGGUUCCGAAAGCUAAAGUGUGACCGAGUGAGGCCGGCCUGCAGUCGCUGUUUGAAAGUCAAGGGCGAGUGUGUGUAUCCUGAAUCGAGAAGAAAACCCGCCUUCAAGCGGAAGAAUGUAAAGGAACUCGAGGAGAGGCUAGCUCAGGUGGAAGAUCUUCUCAAGGAAGCCGGCAAGGCCAAGGGAGAAGCGCCAACCGAAGGAGACUUGGAUAGCCGAGUCAACGUUGGCAUGGAUGACUUCCAUGUUGAUCUCGAGACGCUCAUGGCAAUGCAGAACGGGACGUUUGGUGACAAGACGGACUUUUUCACUGGACCCCCGGGGGAUGGACCCCAGGGACCUAGCUUCGCCGCAUCAUCAGGAGAGCUCAUGGGGCUUGGGCUUUCGGAGGCUCUGCCCCCUUUCGAGAUGAUGGAAGAGCUCAACAAGUGCUUUUUCGAACGCCAACAGCAUUUCAUCCCCAUCAUCCACCCUGGUCGAUACCUGCAGUCCUUCUACUCCGCGCCUCACAAGCGCCCGCCUAUGUGUCUGCAAUAUGCAGUCUGGUCGAUGGCCUCCAAUGGGCAUGAGAAGUAUUCGCAGUACCACGAAAUCUUCUACAAGCGAGCUCGCCAGUACGCCGAUGCUGAUGAGAUGAGGGGAUUCGGAGAGCACUUCCUGACGGUGCAACACGCUCAAGCAUGGGCACUCAUCGCGACAGAUGAAGCAAGGUCCUUGUUCUUCACGAGGGCAGCCAUGAGCUCGGCCAAGUGCGUUCGUCUGGUGGAAAUGAUGGGCCUGCACCGCGUGGAUGGGGAUGGUCAGGAGAUGGCACCUACACUCGCACCGCCCACCUCGUGGGUUGACCUGGAGGAGCGAAGACGAGCCUUUUGGGGCGCCUACUGCAUCGACUGCCACGCAAGUAUCGCUACCGGGUGGCCAACGCUGAUUGACCCCAACGAGAUCUCGACGCAUCUCCCCUCCUCCGAGGAGGCCUUCAACUCAGCCCGCGAAGAGACCACGUCCACCCUAUCAGAGGCAUUCAAAGGUGCCUCGUACUCGACAUUUGCGGGCGCUGUCGUGACCUGCCACAUAUUCAACAAGCUCCUGAAACACGUUCACUGGGAGAGGCCAAACGAUCGGCCCAUGGACGUCGAGUACGGCGAGUUCUGGAACCGACAUAGGGACAUUGACAACAUGCUCUCGAGUGCCUUCAUGUUCCUCCCGGAACGGUUCCGCCUGCCCCAGAGCAUGCGUGAUCCCACGGCCGUCCACAUGAACCUCAACCUUCACGCUUCUGUCAUCUGUCUACACCACGCGGCGAUUGACAGGAUCGAGAAGCACAAGCUCCCGGACAACCUGAAGGCGGCGUCGCAACUGAGACUGCGGACAGCAGCGGAAGAGGUGGUGAGCAUUGUCAAGUUGACGAGUCACAUGAACUCGGGCUACAAAAGUCCCAUGGUCGCCUUAUCGCUGUAUUCGGCUGCGUCGGUGUAUGUCUACUCAGCCAAGUGCGACCCAGAGGCCGGAAUAUCACCAGUAGACCUGCAGAACCUCAACUUCAUCAUCACUGCAAUGGAGGCGAUCGGACGGAAGCACGUCAUUACGCAGGCCUUCCUACAGCAAAUCUUUAUGGAUGUUGAGCGGAACGGCCUCUCGGGCGUCAUUGACCUGCCCAACCUGACCAACUACAAAAACCUGUUUGGCUGGACGUACUCAAACAUCCCCCUCCUUGCCAGAAGCUCCAUAUCAAAACACACUGAAAUCCAGCCUCCUCUUCCCGGCCGGCUGCCACUCGGCAACCCCAAGGGCACAGCCUACGACAACAGCCUUACGGCAGAGAGCUACGAACACAACAUCACGAUGGAGGGCGGGUGCAACCCCCUGGGACCAAAUCCAGCCAACACGUACCGCGGACUCAAGAGCGCUGACGCCGCCGGUGCACCACUCGGAAGGUUUGACAGAUAUAUGGGCCCGAUCCCCACAGCGAAUAAACCCAGCGACAACGGCUCCAACAAGCGAAGGCGGACGUCACCGACAAUCAGCCCGGAAGAAGCCACUCACGUCAAGAACGGGGUGUUCAGCGGCACCUUUACGUCCAACACGAAUGGGCGAGCCGCGGCGCCCGCCUCGAGCAACGGAAUCGACGGCGUGGGCGGGUUCGGGAUGGGCCUCCUGCGCGGGACGGGCAUGAUGAAGUCGGCGCCCAGCGCGCAGAUGAACCUGCCGCACCGGACUCCGCCAGCAUCGGCGCCGUCGCCUUCGCCGGGGUUCAACAAGAACACGCCUUCGCAGUCCACGGGCAGCAGUACCGACAACACGCCACCGGGCUUCGGGCGCGACAGCACGUCGCCCGAUGACGGGAGCACGCAGAGCAGUUACAACGGCGGUGGCAACGCCAACGAGAUCAUUGACAUUACGAGCAUCCAGAACGCCAUGAUGGGCGGUGCAGGGGUGGGGGCGCCCACGUCGUCCUCGUCGACGUGGGAUUCGAGGGGGCUGCAGUACGCGCCGAGCACGGAUCCGGGCUCGUUCAUGAACAUGAAUUUUGACUCGAUGCCCCCGGGGUUGGGGAUCGACCCGUGGACAAUGCUGGCGAACAUGGAGGAGCUGACGUGGAUCGAGUCCGGGGAAGUGACGACAACGGCGGCGGCGACGGCGGCUGCUGCGGCAGGGGACUUGAACGGCACUGGAGGUGUGUGA